AUGACAAAUUCCAUUCAACUCUCGAACGUAGCGUCAUGCGUCAUCGCGUAGUGGGCGGGGCCGAACUCCCACACGGAAGUCGUUCUCGUAGUCCUGGCUUGCCCUGGGAUCUUUUCACCGCAGUGCCCUGAAGAGAAAAUCUGUCGUUUUUCUCCCUUUCCCCAGCUCACCGGCUUUAUUUGAACACCUGAACCUUUAACGGUGACAUCCGGGACACUAACAUGCUCUCACCGAGGUUCCUGCUGCUGCGCUCGGCUGCGUCCUUGACGUCCAGGUCGUUCUGCACGGGGGGCGUGUUGAAACAGGGCAAGGCGCCGGACAUGGCUGAAGGAAAUCCACUUUUACACGUGUCUAAUGUACGAAACAGGCUGAGAGAAAUCGUGGGAGCGUCCACUAACUGGAGCGACCACCAGCAGGCCAUGUCGGAGCGCAUGUCGCUGUCCAACAUGUUGGCAAAGUCUCAAAACGACCUUCCAGUCAAGAGGAUGAUGGACAGCUACCUGGAGGUUCACCUGCCUCUGGGCUCCGAGCCGCUGCUCCGAGAGAAAUACCUGACCUUCCACAACACUGUCAGGUUCGGUAGAAUCCUGGAGGACUUGGACAGUUUAGCAGUGCUCAUCUCUUACUCUCACACCUAUAAUGAGACUCUGAAGAGGUCUCCUCUGUCCAUCGUCACCGCCCUGGUGGAUAAGAUCGACAUGAGGCAGCACAUCAUCUAUCCUGACUGCGACAUCAAGUUCACUGGUCAUGUGACCUGGGUGGGAAAGACUUCUAUUGAGGCCAAGAUGCACAUGUCACAGUUCCACGAUGGAGCUUACUCCCCGGUUCUGGAUGCAACGUUUGUCAUGGUGGCCCGGGAUCCAGAAAACAAAAGGGCUGCUUUUGUAAACCCGCUGAAGCCAGAAGGUCCAGAGGAGGAGAAACUUUUCCAGGAAGGAGAAGCUAAUAAAGUCCGCCGUGUAGAUCUGAGCACGGCGUCGUUGCUGAAGGUGGCGCCCACAGACGAGGAGAGGAUGAUCGUCCACAGUCUGUUCCUCAACACGCUGGACACAAAGACGGUCAGUUUCCGCAGCAGAGUUCUGCCUCCAAACUCCGCGUGGAUGGAAGACGCCAAAGUGAAAGGACUGGAGAUCUGCCACCCACAGGAGAGAAACAUCUUCAACAGGAUAUUUGGAGGUUUCCUGAUGAGGAAAGCGUACGAGCUGGGCUGGGCCAACGCCUGCUCCUACGGAGGAUGUCGACCCAGUCUGGUGGCUGUGGAUGAUAUCCUCUUCCAGAAACCCGUGGAGAUCGGCUCGCUGCUGCUGCUCUCAUCGCAGGUGUGUUACACACAGGGGAACCACAUCCAGGUCAGAGUUCACAGCGAGGUGUUCGACCCCCUGACCCGCCAGCACAACACCACCAACGUGUUCCACUUCACCUUCGUUUCUGACCGCGACGUCCCGAACAUCAUCCCAAUGACAUAUGGAGAGUCGAUGCUCUACCUGGACGGGAAGAGACACUUUAAUCAGACUGUGCAGCCCUGAAAGCAACAUGUCCGCCGCCUGCCUGCCGAAGCCUUUCAGCGUCUGACCAACGAGCUCUGUGUGUGUGUUUGUGUUUGUGUGUGUGUGUGUGUCGGACGUCAGUGGAGGAGAAUGAAUGCACUUAGUACUUUACAUCCUUUUUACAGCCUUGUUGACGUUGCACACCUCACAUGGUGAAUGUUUGCUUCCUUCACUUGUUCUCUUGUUUGUGUGUCAGGUGUAAAGAGGUUCACGACAUUACAACACCUUUCUAAAGAACUCCUUUAUAUUUUCUUUACUCGUUCAACUACCAGGCAAUUCGUUUGACAACCAGUCAGCGUUUACAGCUUCUGCAGUAUAUUCCUCAUUCGCAUUGCUUUACAGUUUGUUAUUUCUUUUAUAUUCCACUUAUACGCACAGAACUCUGAGUCUUUACUUUUUUUUAUUGAAUGAGAAGCUUUAUUCUGAAAGUGUCAGACUGCUGCGAUUGGGAGUCGUGUAUUUACUCAAAUGCAAUAAAUAAAUUCUUAUUUAUCUUGA